AUGGUACGUAGUGGCUCUCCAGAUUUGGGUUAUGAGUGGUAUACAGAAUCCAUCCUUUCUCAUGUUGUCGGUGGAGCUGUACCUCUGUAUCGUGGAUCACCUGAACUACCAGGAGCUCCAACAACCUCGAUGUACAUGGAGUUUGAGGAUGACUAUGUAAAGGAUUACUGGGAUGAUGAUGAGAAGCCGGUAACACUCAGGUGUUAUAGUUGUUUCAAACGAAGACACUAUUGCAUGUUUGUAAAGCCUCAGAGAACAGGGAAGCGAGAGAAGGGAAACGAGGAAGGCUGGAAAAGGUACUGCGUGUUCUGUGGGAUGUGGAAGGGGUUUUGGGACCUAGGGAUGGUGCACAACCUGAGAUGGACAAUGGGGAGGAUAAAAGGCCGCAUUUGGAGGAAGCUAAGGAAGGAGGCUGUAUCCCGGGCGGAAUCAAGACGAAUAAGGAGGCUGAUGGCCCUGGUGGAAGGAUGGCGCUUGCGCGCUAAAAACAGCCGAGGCGUGGUGUUCACCAGGCGCCGCAUAUCCCCAUGCCAUUACAACAGAUUCUUUCCGGAUGAGUGGACGGUCGUAGACCUGUAUCCUGAGAUUCCCUUCCUCGUGCCGGCAUACUACUGCUCGGUUCUUCGGCCUAGAUCCUAA